AGAAUGGACACGGUCAUUUCCUUCCUCUUUAUUUUGACUCUCGCGCCUGUGGCUCCCGUUGAGAGCUCAUUCAGAGCUGUCAUUGAGAGGGUGUUAGGGGACACAAGGAUUUUCACUGGGGAGGAGGUCCGGCUGAGGUGCAGCGUUCCUGACCCCCACGGGUCCAGAUGGGAUCACCAGUGGUUUCACGGACCUGAGCAGCUCGUACAGACUGGCAGGCAACUGGUUCUGUGGAAGGCGAGUGUUAAAGAUAGUGGGAAAUAUUAUUGCCGGGGAGUGAGGGACACGGCGGUGGGAAACAUAUACACCCUCCACAGUCUGCCUGUGGAGAUCAAUGUGGAUGGAGGGUGGGCGAUUCUGCAAGUCCCAUCCCAACCGGGCCUUGUUGGACAAACCUUAACGUUCACGUGCCGCGUCCGAGGCAAUCCCCCAAUCCUUGAGAUGAUUCUUUACAGGGACGGGGUUGAAAUCAUGGAACAAAGUGGCCCACAUUUUCACCUGAACAACCUGGUCCUGGGAGACCAAGGGAUGUAUUCUUGUCGGGCCUCCUGGGACCAGGACAGACUUACACGCUCUGUCCUUUCAGGUGAUGCUCCAGUGCAGGUCUUAGAGGUUCUGACGCAGCCCCUUUUGGAGAUUGUUGAACAUGAUCUUCGGAGGAUCAGACUCACCUGCCACCUCCAAUACAACGCCUACGCUCCUGCCCCUCCAAUAGUUUACUAUUUCUACAAGAAUGAGCAGCGACUGGGAACAGCGACCUCUGAGAACAAUGAUCUGGUCAGACGGAGUCCAGGCCACUACAGCUGCAGGGCCAAGGUGCCUCAGUUGGGCAUCUCCAGGUGGAGUGAACCCACAAGCUUUGGACAAGUGGCAGGGCGAUCGCCGAUGCCUUCUUUUCUUCAACCCAUAUAUCGAAGGCCUUUGGCUCCCCCGGUCUCAUCCCCAGACCCCCUGCCAGCAGCAACCCAGGCGUCUCUUUACCAAUCCACUCCAGGCUCUCUGCCCUCUCCAGCCCAGUCUGUCAACCAAACUGUUCCACCAAGCAGGAGCCAGGCGUCUCUUUACCGAUCCACUCCAGGCUCUCUGCCCUCUCCAGCCCAGUCUGUCAACCAAACUGUUCCACCAACCAGAAUCCAGGCAUCUCUCUACCGAUCCACUCCAGGCUCUCUGCCCUCUCCAGCCCAGUCUGUCAACCAAACUGUUCCACCAUCCAGGAUCCAGCCUGUCACAUCAUCACACAUAGACAUGGCUGAAGCAUCUGGGGACAUGCCGGAGGAGUCUGACAACAUGUCUCCAGCCAAUGUUACACAUUCACAAGUUAUCACAAAUUCUAAACAGUUGCAUAAGUGAAUGAUCCUAAAUCAGACUAAUGAAGUGAGACUCAGGUUACUCCUGGGACAUUAACUCCUGGAACAUUGCAGUGCUUUGCCAAAUAAGAAAAUGCUCAUGUUCAUACUUGUGUUGAUACAAGAAAGGCUAGGCGCAAAUAAAUCAUUCCAUAAAUGG